AUGUACUCCUCCUCGCUCGUCUCCCAGGUGGGUUUCAAGCAGGCCGCCGGGACUCCCAUCGUGGGGUCGCUGAAGUCUCGCGCGGCGGCGCUGGGUAUCAUCCCGGAGGGGAGCUUCGCAUCGCGGGGCUCUGCUGAGGAGGCCGGCGCGGGCCCCUCGAGCCAGCCCUCCUGGCCGCCCGCGGAGCCCGCGGCGGCGUGGCGGGAGCACGAGGAUGUGGGCCCAGCUGCGGUGGCCGACCCGUACGGCGACCCCGACGAUUUCUGGCCGGAGAUGCCAGACGCGCUGGACGAGGCUGAGCGGCCCGGGCCUGCCGCUGGCACUCCCGGGGGCGCCGGCGGCGCGCCGCCGUGGCGCCAGGCGCCCAGCCAGCAGGCGUCCUCGCUGCGUCCGCCGCCGGCCGGGUCCAGGCUCCUUUCCCUGCGGCCCAGCGGGCUGACGCCGAGGACGCCGGGCGCCGGGCAGGCGCAGCCCGCGCCGCCCGCCCUCGGCGCGCCGCGGCCCAGCACAGCCUGCGGCUCCCGCGGGUGGGCCUCCCGGGCGCUGGGGCGGCCCGCGCUGGUGCCGCGGGUGAAGGAGGAGCUGGCGGCCCCGGCGCGCUGGUCGUCGGCGCCGUCGGCGCCCGUGAAGGCCGAGCUGAACGUGAAGAGCGAGAGGCCGCUGAAGAACUGGGAGGUGGAUCGGGACAAGAAGCGCAAGGAGGCGCUCAAGCGAGACACGGCCUGCAAGGCGAUCUGUGUGAUAAAGCACGGUCUACGCCAGCCAGAGGCGCAGGCCAUGCAGCUGGACGGCAAAGGAUAUAUACCUGACAACUGGGAUGCGGAUUUCAAGGAGCACCUGGGCUCCUAUGUCAAGUUCUUGCUGACAAGGCCAGACCAGUUCAAGGUGACCGAGGGUAGCGGCCCAGGUUUGUUCACCGUGGAGAACGUCGCGGGGAACGACACCGUGCCCCCGGAGAAAGUGCCCGCUUGGGGCUCUUGGAGAAAAGGCGGCAAGGCCCCCGGCGUCAAGACCGAGGACGGCGGCAAGGGCGGCAAGUCUGGGCCGAAGGGGCCGGCCUGUGGCAAGGGCAGAGGGAAAGACAAAGAGAAGAGCAAGUACCCCUAUGAUGUCUGCUGGCAGUGGAUAGGAGGCCACUGCCGUGACGGAGACAGCUGCAGGUGGAAGCACUACCCCCUCGUCGGCAGCGAGGAGCCCGCCGCACCGCAGCCCCGGCCGCCCGCCACGCCGCCUCCUGGGCGGCCGCAGGGGCAGCCCAUGGGCCUGCUGCGGCCCAAGUUCGGCGGGCCCCGGCCGCCCCCGUUCGCGCCUCCUGGCAAGGGCGGGUCGAAGGGCCCAGCCGGUUGCGGCGCCUGGGGGAAGGACGCGCGGCCGGUGCAUCCGCAGCCCGGCCCGCAAGCCUGGGGCGACGACGAGGGGUGCGAAGUAAGCGGCCUGGACAGCCACGAGGCCGAGCCGGACGACGCGGACUUCCUCGGCGUCCAGGCUGACGACGAGCCCACGGAAGCCCACGGCGAGGAUGACGCGUGGGGCCUGCUCGGGGGCGAGGGGAAGCGGCCCGCGUACGCCGGCGGCGACGAGGCCUUCAGCGCGAAGAGGGCGCGGAUGGCCUGGUAG